UGAAUGUGAUGCAUGUGGAUGUGGAGUAACUGUCCAUGGUGCUGAAACCGCCGCAGCGUCGGGAUGCGCCUUCCGGAGUCUCGCAGCACCAAUGCGCGCAUCUUCUAAUUUAUAAACUCUUCAAAUCCAUAGAAAGGCUCAAAACUGUGUCGGAAUGCUGCCCAACGACACCAUCAAGUACCUGGAGGAUGGUUUAUAUCUGUUAAACUUCUCCAGCAACGAGACGCAUAACGGGGAUUUUCACGGCAGCAGCGCGAUCUUCAUCUCCUUCAUCUAUUCCGUAGUCUGUCUGGUGGGACUCUGUGGGAACUCGAUGGUGAUUUAUGUGAUCUUCAGGUAUGCCAAGAUGAAAACUGCGACGAACAUCUACAUCUUGAACUUGGCGAUCGCGGAUGAGUUACUCAUGUUGAGUGUGCCUUUCUUAGUCACCUCUUCUUUACUUCAUCACUGGCCCUUUGGUUCUUUCCUGUGUCGAUUGGUUUUAAGUGUUGAUGCCAUUAACAUGUUCACCAGCAUCUAUUGUCUGACUGUGUUGAGUAUCGAUCGCUACAUCUCCGUGGUGCAUCCCAUCAAAGCAGCCCGGUACCGAAGACCCACCAUCGCCAAAAUGGUCAACUUAGGAGUCUGGAUGUUCUCCAUCCUCGUCAUCCUACCCAUCAUCAUCUUCUCCACCACUGCACCCAACUCUGACGGAUCGGUGGCUUGCAACAUGCAGAUGCCUGAGCCCGAGCGUCGGUGGAUGGCUAUAUUUGUGAUCUACGCCUUUCUGAUGGGCUUUCUCUUCCCUGUCAUUGCCAUAUGCAUGUGCUACAUCCUCAUCAUAGUGAAGAUGCGGGUGGUCGCGUUGAAAGCUGGCUGGCAGCAGCGCAAAAAGUCCGAGAGGAAGAUCACGCUGAUGGUGAUGAUGGUGGUGACGGUGUUUGUGAUCUGCUGGAUGCCUUUUCACAUCGUGCAGCUGGUUAGCGUGUUCGUCCAGCAGCACAAUGCCACCCUCAGUCAGCUGGCUGUGAUUUUGGGAUAUGCCAACAGCUGUGCCAACCCCAUCCUGUACGGAUUCUUGUCAGAUAACUUCAGACGCUCCUUCCAGAGGAUUUUAUGCCUCCGGUGGUGGGAUAACGCCACGGAGGAACCCAUAGAUUACUAUGCCACGGCUCUGAAGAGUCGAGGAUACAGUGUGGAUGACUUUCAACCGGACAAUCUGGAGUCGGGCAGCACGUACAGGAAUGGCACCUGCACAUCUAGAACUACAACGCUGUAGGACUCGGUAUUACAGCAUAAAGACUUGUUUUGUUAUCUGUUGUCAUUGCAGUAUGUGUUUUUUUGUUGAGAUGUAUUGGUAAGACUUCAUAAUAACUUUCGUUAAUGCCAUUAUUAGAUUAUAUAAUGCUUAAUCUAAAGUUAAUGUGCAAUUUUGCCUAUAUGAAUGUGCAUGAACUUUUUAUGCUUAUAUAAUGCUUUGAAUGGCUUAUUAAUGAAAGUUGUUAUAAAGUGUGUCGAUAUGGGUAAAAUGUGUGACGUUGGUUCAGAUAAAAAAAGAAAUAUCCACAGCCAAAUGGUUGUUUAUUUUGAAAUGGAAUAAUGGGAAACCAUUCACUCUCAGUGCAUUAUGUGGUAAAACUAGAUUUGUAUUUUACGAAGCAAGCUUGCAGUGCUUGCAAAGCUGGAUCAAAUAGUGUUACAGUUUUCGGUUUUUAUGUUUUGGUUCUGUGUACAGAAAUGAAAUCAGAACCACCUUGCCUUGUCAAAACAGUCAUCUAAAUUAAGUAUGCAAAUAUAUGCAAGAAAGAAGACCAAUCGCAGUGCAGUAUGCAAAUGUUACAUCACAGCAGUAGUCAUAAGUUUUGAGUAGAUUCUGUCAAUGUU